CAAACAGCCCGCCUCUCAUUCACGCCAGUCUCACUCUCCGACACAGUCGCACUCCACGAGCUCCGCACCGAGCCCGAGGUGAUGAAAUGGACUCGCCAGAAACGCCCAGACACCUGUCUCCAGGAGACGGAGGAUUGGAUCAGAAAGGCUAUGCCUCUUACUGAUAGUAUGCAUCAUAGCACUAAACAGAAAGACAGGAUAGUCGGGAUAGUUGGGAUUCGGGAGUCGGAGUCUCUGUUUUCAAAGGCGAAGCUGUAUGAACUGGGGUAUAUGUUUGUGCCGGGCGUUUGGGGGCGGGGGUAUGCGAGUGAGUCUGUGAAGGGGAUUUUGGGGUGGUGGGUUGAACAUCUUCGGGAGUUGAAUGCCCUUGAGGGUUCUGGAAGUAAAGGGAAGGAGGGAGAGGUGGUGGAUGAGGAACGGGUGUAUGCGAUUGUUGCGAAGGCGAAUGGGGGAAGUAUGAGAGUGAUGGAGAAAGCUGGGUUUUGGAAGACUAAUGAAGAAGUGGGUAGUGACGAUGGGAGU